UGUGAAAAAGGUGUUAUUAUUUUUUUGACUAUCUGUGUGAGAGCUGGUGAAGUAGUAAUAACUCGUGUAGGGUUAUUACUUCGAACAUCCAAUUUUAGUAUUGAUUACAGAGGUAUAAGAAAAUAUGCUCAGUACACAGCUUUUAGCCCAAAGAUGGAUACAUUAAAAUUUCAUGCAAGUUAAGAUACAAUUUGCGCACUAUCAUAAUUACAAAUAACAGUAAACACUUUAUAAACAGCGAACGGGCUGUUCAGAAAGUGAAGUGUCAUUUAGACUGAGCAAUUUCUCCUUAGAAAUUAACCGAAUGUCACCAUAGAGUGAAUCAAUUGUUAUCUAAUUGAAAACAUAUAAAUAUAUUUUUAUCGCAAUCAUAACGCAAUUUUAUUGUUAUCAUUAUUGGAAUAAUAACCUCUGCGAUAACGAAGACUACGUUAAGUAAAGAUCGACGUUUAGACGCUGAGGUGAAAUUAAUAAAUUAUUUGUGUUAAGAAGUUUUUAGUGAUGGAAAUUUUUUGGUUUGUAAUUCCAACAAUAAUUUUGUUGCUAUACUUGUAUUAUAAAAAAUCGUAUCAAUACUGGGAAAAAAAGGGAAUAGUAACAAUAAAACCAAAAAUUCCCUUUGGAAAUCUUGGUAAUCCAUUCGAUGGAAAAGGCAUCGAAAAAAUGGUACGAAUGUACGAAACAUUUAAAUCUAUGCGUAUCCAAUAUGGUGGUUUUUAUGCGGGGACAACUCCAAUGUUAUUACUAGCUCACCCAGAUGCUGUUAAAACGGUCGUAAACAAACAAUUUCAAAGCUUCAACAGCCACGGUAGCAAUAUCGACGAAAAGGAGGAACCGUUAUUGGCCCACUUAUUCAAUUUAGAAGGAAAAAGAUGGCGUGAUAUGAGAGUGAAACUCACUCCAACUUUUACAUCUGGAAAAAUGAAGAUGAUGUUUCAAACUAUGUUAGACUGCGGCGAGCAACUUGAAAAAUUUGUUUUUGAAUGCACCGAAAAUGGAAAACCCUUAGAUAUUAAAGAUACCGUGGCGUGUUAUACCACUGACGUAAUUGGUUCUUGUGCUUUCGGAUUAGACUGUAAUAGCUUUACAAAUCCAAACGCUGAAUUUAGAAGUUAUGGGAAAAAAGUUUUAACGCCAAAUAUAAAAUUUACUUUAAGAAGACUUUUUAAUCUUCCACCUAGUAUUGUAAAAUUAUUGCAAUUACAUAUACUCGAACCAGAUGUAACGGAUUUUUUUAUGGGUGUUGUAAACGAUAUGAUCAACUGUCGACGAACAGAAAAUAUCACCAGGAAUGAUUUCAUGCAAAUUUUAAUAAACAUGCAAGAUUCUGCCAAAGCAGAAGGAAAAGCGCCAAUGACUACCGAAGAAAUCGCCGCGCAAGCAUUUGUAUUUUUCGCAGCUGGAUUUGAAACAUCUUCAACCACCGCAUCGUUUUGUUUAUACGAAUUAGCAUGUCAUCAAAACAUACAAGAUAAAUUACGAGAGGAAAUUCGAACAAAAAUAAAGGAAAAUAAUGGUAAAAUUACUUAUGAUGGAAUUACAGAAAUGAAAUAUUUAGAGCAAGUAAUUAACGAGACUUUACGAAAAUAUCCCCCAGUACAUACACUUCCAAGGCGCUGUACACAAAAUUGUACUCUUCCAAACGGAGUUCUUGUUGAAAAAGGAACAAAAGUUUUGAUAAGCGUUUUGGGAAUGCACAAAGAUAAAGAGUAUUUCCCAAAUCCUGAAAAAUUCGACCCAGAAAGAUUUUCAGACGAAAAUAAGCAUAAUAUUGUCCCGUAUUCAUAUUUACCAUUUGGAGAAGGUCCAAGGAUUUGUAUUGGUCUGAGAUUUGGUGUAAUGCAAACUAAAGUUGCUCUUUGUUUAUUGUUAAAGAAUUUCAAGGUCUUUCCUCAUUCUUCCACUAAAUAUCACAUGCAAUUUGCAGGUAAUACUGCGGUUUUGUCUGGUAAAGAUCCGAUAAUUCUAAGAACAGAAAAGGUCAAUUAAAUAGCCAGUGUUUAUCACAAAAAAAUGUUAGUAUUUUCAUGUUAAAUUAAUAAAGGUGUUGCCACCUUUCGAAAAUUGUUAACCUGGA